UGCCGAGCAGCUGGAUGAGCUGCAGCGACGGGACGGUGACUACGAAUCGGAAGGGCGCAGGAACAGCAGAGCGCAGCAAAGGUGCGCCUGCGGCUGCGGCACUUGGAUGAGGCAGCGGACCUUGCGCAGGACCUGUUGAUGCGGCCUUCAUCUCCAGUCCGCCUGCGCUAGGUGUGUGACGCCGCUAGUUGUGACGAGCGUGAGCCCUCUCGCAGAACGCAGAUACGAGGAGAUGCCGCUGGGGCCGGUGAUGCAUGCAGAGGAUGGCGAGACACCUCAGCGCAGUCGCGAUUGUAGAGCAGCGUGCCGGAGAGAGCCGAGACGUCAAGGUGCCGGACGCUGCUGACCGGACAAGCACUGGUGCGGCGACGCCUCAGUUUCUUUCGGGGACAGGCGAUGGAUACAUCACUCACCGCAAGGGCGGCGCUCGCAGCAGUAGCGACGCUCAUCUCACGUGGGCCUUGGAGCGCCGCGCCGGCAAGCUCAGUGAGAAGCGCACGCGUCUGAGCAUCGUUGCCCGGCGAGCGCUUGUGAAUGCUAGCACAGAUGGCCGCGAGAGCAUCCGAGGGGCCCGCGCCUGUUCCUGCCAGCCUCUCGAGCGUAGCUGCCCAGUAGAGGUCGCUUGCACGGCCCAAAGCCUGCUCCGCGGGCGACACCGCAGCAGGAGCGCCGGCCGGAGCGUCGUGCUGCCACGAGCAUCCCUUGCGGUCCUUCAUGCAGGCCGCGCAUCGCACAGCUGCGCUCUUGCGCUGGCGGCCUGUCUCUGCCGCAGGCAUGCAAGCCUCUGCUCGGUCUAGCUUGCUGCAGAGCGUGCACGGGUGAUCCGGGCGCAGCGCGCUGCUGGGCCAUGCGUGCAGAAGCGCGCCCAGGUCAGACGGGAGAUGCAGCAGAGCUUGCGCGCCCUUUUCGCCAAGCGGGACAGCGGCUGCGAGGCGGAACUGCUGCACAGCGAGCGAAGGCAGGCCGGGGCCCAGUCCGGAUCGCCAAUAAGCGGGCAGAUGGUCGACCGGCUC